CUGAGGAGCCCGGCGGCGGCUGCAGCCCCCGGCCCCGGCCCGGCCUUUUCGCCUCCCGGCCCCGGCUCUCCUCGGCGCGGCGCGGCCUCUGCGCUCCAGGCCCCUCGCAGCCCGGCCCCCCGGCCGCCCGUCUCCGCCGCCGCGAUGAUGAUGAUGGCGCUGAGCAAGACCUUCGGGCAGAAGCCCGUCAAGUUCCAGCUGGAAGACGACGGCGAGUUCUACAUGAUCGGCUCGGAGGUGGGAAACUACCUGCGAAUGUUCCGAGGCUCUCUUUACAAGAGGUACCCCUCGCUCUGGCGGCGGCUAGCCACUGUGGAAGAAAGGAAGAAAAUAGUUGCAUCGUCACAUGGUAAAAAAACAAAACCUAACACUAAGGAUCACGGCUACACCACCCUGGCCACCAGCGUGACUCUGCUAAAAGCCUCGGAGGUGGAAGAGAUUCUGGAUGGCAACGAUGAGAAGUAUAAGGCCGUCUCCAUCAGCACGGAGCCCCCCACCUACCUCAGGGAGCAGAAGGCGAAGAGGAGCAGCCAGUGGGUGCCCACCCUGCCCAACAGCUCCCACCACCUGGACGCCGUGCCCUGCUCCACCACCAUCAACAGGAACCGCAUGGGCCGGGACAAGAAGAGGACCUUCCCUCUGUGCUUUGACGACCACGACCCGGCCGUGAUCCACGAGAACGCGUCCCAGCCGGAGGUGCUGGUGCCCAUCCGCCUGGACAUGGAGAUCGACGGGCAGAAGCUGCGGGACGCCUUCACCUGGAAUAUGAAUGAGAAGCUGAUGACCCCCGAGAUGUUCUCAGAAAUCCUCUGCGACGACCUGGACCUGAACCCGCUGACGUUCGUGCCGGCCAUCGCCUCGGCCAUCCGGCAGCAGAUCGAGUCCUACCCCACGGACAGCCUCCUGGAGGACCAGUCGGAUCAGCGCGUCAUCAUCAAGCUCAACAUCCACGUCGGCAAUAUCUCCCUGGUGGACCAGUUCGAGUGGGACAUGUCGGAGAAGGAGAAUUCGCCCGAGAAGUUUGCCCUGAAGCUGUGCUCCGAGCUUGGGCUGGGUGGGGAGUUCGUCACCACCAUCGCCUACAGCAUCCGCGGACAGCUGAGCUGGCACCAGAAGACCUACGCCUUCAGUGAGAACCCCCUGCCCACCGUGGAGAUCGCCAUCCGGAACACGGGGGACGCCGACCAGUGGUGCCCGCUGCUGGAGACCCUGACGGAUGCCGAGAUGGAGAAGAAGAUCCGCGACCAGGACAGGAACACCAGGCGAAUGAGGCGUCUGGCCAACACCGCCCCGGCCUGGUAGCCAGCCCCCCGGCCCUCAGCGCCUUCCGGAACGUCUCAGCAGACCACCCCAGCUCUCCUCCGUCUUCUGCAAGGGGGCAGGGGGCAGCCCGGAGCCGCCCUCCCCUGGGCACACAUUCCCAUCCCACGUGCUGGGCCCCACUUCCCCCCGGGCCCCAGCCGCCGGGGCCAGGAAAGGGCCUCGUUUUGGGUUGUAUUUAGUUUUGUAUAGGCGCCCCAGGCGGGACCGGCCACACUUUUUAAAUAAAAGGCAGCGGGUUGUAUUGUG